AUGAGGCAUACUCUCCUCGGCGAGCACCCGCAGCCUGUUGAGCUCCGGAAGCACCACUGUCCCGAGAUCAGGCCUAUCCUUUCGCCUGAGCUCCGUGCACUUGAGCGCCAGCCUGGCGAAAACCAGAGCCUCCUCAACUGGCCAGUCUUGCACCUGAGCAUCCAACAUCUGCUCAAACGUCCCUUUCUCGAUGGACCUGUCGACGUGGUGGAUGUCGGAUUUAAUCCCGAGCAUGCCCGUCUGCUGGUACUCUGGGUCGAUGUAACAGAAGGUGCCAGCUGUCGAGGUCAUGCGGUACUGUGUGACAGUGUCGGCCACGGAGGGUGGGACAAGUCGAGCGAGGCCGACGUCACUGAUCUUGCUGACGAGGUUUCGGUCGAGGAGGAUGUUGGCGGGCUUGAGGUCGCGGUGGACGAGGGGCUCGGGUUUCGUCUGGUGGAGGAAGAGGAGUCCUGUUCCGAUCUCGGCUGCGAUUCGGAAACGGGCCUGCCAGGAAAGGGCAGGGGUGUUGCUGCGCCGGAAGAGGCGGUCCUCGAGGCUGCCGUUGGCCAUACAGGCCCAUAUCCGCCUUCCCCAAUUUUACGGUUCUCGGCAAAGUACUCUGUGGCAGUUUCGAUCUCUUCUAUGGAGUACUUGCGGUACCUGACGUCGUUUUGCGCCAGCCUGUCCAGCACCUUCUUUUUCUCCUCUGCUUCUUUAACAGCUUUCAUCUCAGCACUGAUUCUCUUCUGGGAUUCGAGCUCAGCUAGCCUCUGA